ACCCGGUCGGGUAUUUUAAGUGGUGACCGACGAUUGUUGAAAUGCACCGUCGAGGACAAGGGAUUAAUCCCCGGUCAAGGUCAAGAAUACCCGACCGGGGAUUUAUGCUCAAUGCUCCGCCAUCCCUACAUAUAUCUUCAGCGACAUCACCACCAGCCGGUGCGACACCAUCGCACCUGGGAGUCUCCGGCCAUGCACAAAAGGAGGGAGUUACGAAACUCCUCCCGCAAGUCAUUGUUUCAUCAUUGCCAAGCCUUGGCGUUGCCUCAAUUGUAGCCAUGACCAAUUGUGGCGCUGCAAUAGGUCACGAGGAAGCCAUUUGUCUUCAUGCAUCAAUGCUCUACGAGUGGAAGAAGAAGAAGAAACUGGAAGCAGCACUCGCUGCAGGCAAGCCUAUAGUGGAUUUUGUGUCGGUGGAUUCAGAACCGUUGAGAAUGCACAGGAGGGAGAGCAUGAUCCCGACCUCAUCAUGUCUCGAGCGUAGGCUGGAUGUCAGAGUAGGAAAUUAGGUGUUUGUGGGGAGUUCAUUAAGUGGACUUCAAAUUUUGGAUUCUUUGCAAUAUGAACCUACGUGGAGGUUGGGUUAUGCAGAUGGAUUACGAGGAACGCAUGGGAACUAAAUGGGUUUGGGGAAGUGCUUUCAUUAUGUAUUCAUAUGUAUAUAGGGCGGAGAAAUGCAUGGAAAAUUCCACCCAAAGCAUGGGAAGGAGGAAGGAGACAGAGCUAGUGGUGUUGGGCUCGUUCGGGUGUCGGGACGUAAUUGGAAAUUUCCAAAACGAGGUUUGCGUCGACGAGCAUCUACUCCUUUUGCUAUCGUCAAUACAUGGAGGCGGUUCUUUUUCAUUAAUCCGGGUGGAGAUAGUGCUUGAACUUUGGGGACGAAGUUCUUCGAAGAGAGAGGAUUGAUGCGUAUAGAAUUAUUAUCAUUAUUAUUAUCACUAUUUCUCAUAUUUUGAUUAGUUACUAUAUUUGGUAGUUUUGGGAGGAUAAUUGUGGUAGUCUUAGAGUUGGUUGGGUAGGGAUUCGCUAUGAAUUGGGGGUUGGCGGCUGUUACUUGGCCGAAUGGGGGUAGGGAUUUGUAUUAGGGUUCUGCGGUAUUUCUUAUAUAUAUGUACUAUGUAGUUUUGUUAUAAUCAAUCAAUGAAUAUGUAUUAAAAAAACAAUGUUCCUAUCCUCUUAAUUCUCAAUCUCAGAUUCUCUAAAAGCCUAGGUUGAUUCUCGAUUUACACGAUGAUUGAACUCUCAAUGCAUCAAGAUCACAUAUAUAAGAAGAGUUUUAUAUUGGAACCUGAUCAUGGUUAUAGUAACCCCUCUGUCAUAUAUUUAUAAUUUCAUCUGGUAACAUUGUUGCCGCGUAUUAUUAUUAUCAAAAUAAUAUUCUGUUUUUUUUCUAAAGAAUUAUAAAUUAUUACUUCAUUCUUUACAUUUACAGCAUUUGAACCCAAAAUAUCUAAAGAUGAAGCCUUGGCAUACGACCCCAAAAAUGUCUUAAUAUAAUAUGUCACCAUCCGUUAUAUAUAUAUAUAUAAAAUACUGGUCGGUCAGUUUUAUCCAACAAAUUGUGGUUAAUAAUUAUAAAUAAAAUUUGAUGUCCUCUUUCAAGUAUGUGAAAAAUCUCCAGCUGAUCAUGGUAUAGCCUGUUCCAGCACUCAACAACUUAAGUAACCCAUAAAAGAACAACAAUUCAUAACAAAUUUUACUUAAUUGUCAAGUUCGAGCCUACUUAAACAUAUAUAAUAAAAAAACAAGUAGCCUCAAGAUAAUUAAAAUUGAUUUAUUGAGAAUUGAAACUUAAUUCAAGAGAUUACCGUUAAUAACCCCAUUAUUGGGAUUAUGGAGAUUCAAAUACAACUCCAUUUAAUCACGAUAAGCUAUAAAAACAUAUAAAUAACUAAUUGAUGUGAAUAACUUAGGAUGAUUGAGAGAAAUUUCUGAAUGAAUUUUGAGCAAUUCU